GAUGGACUCUGGGUACGGAUAUAAAAGCCAGUCAGGUUAUUUGUAUAGGGAAGCGAUUACCUCAGCUAGGUAGACAACACUAUAGUGUAGCUCUUUAUCCUGGUAUAGACGUAUCCGAGUAUUUCUGGAGACCCUUCAGGUAUAUAUUUUUAAAUCGACCACUCGCUGCGUCAUGACAACUAUUUAAACAAGUAUGGCGGCCUCCUGACGUUAUGGAAUGGAGUCGGCUAUGGACAGUUAUGGACAGUACUGUAUAUCAUGGAGAUAUUAAUUACUGUCACGGGAUAACGAUCAACGGGCAUGAUACCGCUAUUCAGAGUGCCCACAUCCAUUGAUUAAGCACGACAAGAUACCAAAAUGGCGUCAAAACAAAAGUAUUCUGUCACCCGGAUGCAAAAAUUGCCGCCAAUCCGGGAGGAAUCGUUCGCUGUCCCAACUCCCCGAACUCCUCGUGUUCCCUACUCCAACGCCUCGGUACCGGUCAAGGCAGGUCCCUCGGUUCCACCUUCUAACGAACCAAAGGCCAAUCUGGCAGCUCUUAACACGACUUCCCUCAGUAAGCCAAGAAUACAUGUGAGGCCGUUGCCAGGAACUGAUCCUAACGAUGACGCAGACCAACCAAAGAUGGUGCAGAAGCCACGCUUGACUGUGGAGAUGCCUAUGACCCCGAACGACAGUCAUACCCUUGUGGACGGUCUAGUGGCGGACUACCUCCACUACGCAGCCUACGGACACAUCAUUCCUGUGUAUGAAGGCAUUGGUCAGCUACAGUGCUCCUGUUGUAAUGACAGGAACAGAGAGAACGUGCGAAAUCUUCUAGGUCUACCGUCAUCGGAUAAAAAAGUGAUAAAACACAAAAAGGCACAGCUAGGACGUCUCCAGCCUAAGUUUGUACCACCGACCAAACCUAAAGAAAAUCAUGAGGUCGAUGAGAAGGCAUGGAACGCCCCAAAGAAGAACCACAAUCAGAAGAUCGAUUGGAAAAACGAAAGCUGGAUGAAACAUCAACCUUUACCGGCGGCGACAAACUUUCUUAACCCCGAGUUCAAUCGUCCUGUAUAUGCCUAUCAAAAGCCGCCCGAGAUUGAAAUACCUGCGUUAGUUUCUGACUCUGUGCUUCACGCGAAUACGAAAUAUGACCAGUCUAUGCGAAGACUGGAGAAAAUGUUUCGGAUAGAUCCCGACCCUCCUCCUAAUCCCGAUGACGAUUACCUUUAUAACGGUCCUCCAGAGUGGAGCGUCAUGUAGGCUACUAAGGGCGGAGCUAAAUCACAUUUAAUGCUAUGAUAAAGUGAUGUCAUUUUUACAUUGUUACUUAUUUUUAUAAGCAUAAUGUUAUUUAAAUUUUCAUAAAUUUGUAACCACAAUCACAGUAGAUGUUUCCAAACUUAAUUAAUGGCUACAUCUGGUAUCUGACCUAAAGGGCGCCAUGUGAUUGCGAACCUGCUUGUGCAAUGUAUGGUUAGUUUGAGGAGCCGUUACAAUAUUAACAUUUAUAACAAUGUUAUAUGGUGUGUAAAACUGAUAAAGAAUGAUUUUUAUACACAUCUGUGCAGUGGCUAAUAAUUAUGUAUCUCAGAAUACCUCGAAUGACACGUUUACAUUAAUUUUGUUAGAUAAUGAAGCAUAUCACCAGAAUGCUAGAUAAUUAUGUUUCGAAUAACCGUAGCUUCAAGGAACGAUCGUGUAUUGAUACUAGGCUAUGCUUUUGUUGUCAAUUUGAAGUCCUUUUGUGCAUUUAUGCAUUUUUAUCACGUGUUCCUGAAGGCUAUAAUUUUGUAUUUAGUUUUCCCUUUUUAUACAAUGUUUUAGAUUUUGACAUAUCUUUUAAUUUAAGGAUAUUGUUUUACCCCCACAUUAAACUAAACCUCACUGUAUUUGUAUGUGAAGACUGCGCAAGGUAGAUGGAUGAUUGGUAGUUAUACAAACUCACUGAAUGAACUCAACAUAUUCACGUCAUCCCGGAAUCAUAAAUCGUAAACAUGUCAAAAUAGUAAUAUAAAUAUGAACCUAUUCCGAAUAUUUAAUAUAUGCACAUAAUAGUUGAAGGAUAGGAAAAUAUUAAUUGAAAUGGAUGUCAGUUAUGGGAUUUAUUAUCGCGCUAAUAAACACGUUAUCGAAAACUA